ACGAAGCCAUGUUUUAAACGUGGAUAUUCCUCGCCGGUCGCCGCCUGGUGGUUUUGUCCUCAACGCAGUGGAUUGUUUAUGUUAACUGCUUGUUAUGAUGCCAGUGCAGUCGCGUGAUAGAAAAGAGAAUAAUCACGAAGAAAUGGACGUGGAUUAUCCUGAACACGAGGCCAGUAGCUCAGAUGAGGAGGAUUCAGUUAUCUCGUCCGCAUCAGAAGAUGGAGAUACUUCAGAUAUGGAUGAUGAAGACUGUGAAAGAAGGCGAAUGGAGUGUUUAGAUGAGAUGACAAACCUUGAGAAGCAGUUCACAGACCUCAAGGAUCAGUUGUAUAAAGAGAGGCUCAGUCAAAUGGACCUUAAAUUACAAGAAGUGAUAGCGGGCAGUGCUCCAGAAUACCUUGAACCCCUGGCCACCCUACAGGAGAAUAUGCAGAUCCGAACCAAAGUUGCAGGCAUCUAUCGUGAGCUCUGUUUGGAAUCUGUCAGAAACAAAUAUGACUGUGAGAUGCAGGCAGCAAGCCAGCACUGGGAGAGUGAGAAGCUCUUGCUUUUUGACACGGUUCAGAGUGAACUAGAAGAGAAGAUCAGGCGACUGGAAGAGGACAGACACAGUAUAGAUAUAACUUCAGAGCUGUGGAGUGAUGGUAUGCAGUCGAAGAAAAAUAAAAAGAAAGAUCCUCUCAGUCCCGGAAAAAAGAAAAAACCUGUUGUCGUGUCAGGACCAUAUAUUGUUUACAUGUUACAAGACUUGGAUAUACUUGAAGACUGGACAGCCAUAAGAAAGGCUAUGGCUUCUAUGGGUCCCCACAGAGUGAAAGUGGAUGUUCCUCUAAAACCUGAGAGACAUCAUCACGUGGCCCGAUCAGAGGAUGGACGUCUGUUCUAUGACAAUAAAUGGUACAGCCGAGGUCAGGCCAUUUGUAUCAACAAGAAGGAUGAGUUCCCCAGCAGUGCCAUAAUAACCACUGUUAACCACGAUGAGGUUUGGUUCAAGCGUCUGGAUGGCAGCAAAUCAAAGCUAUAUAUCUCUCAGCUCCAGAAAGGCAAAUACACUAUAAAACACUCCUGAACUUUAACCCUUAUCUACCUAUGGUCCUUCUGUUUCCAUGUGUGUUCAACUCUGCGCUCUGUUUGUCACCAUGACCUGUCAUUAAUGCUGAUGGGACUUGGGUCUUACAUGCAUGCACGGCAUGUUUGCACUCCAUGAGUCAGAGCUGCAAAACAAACAAAAAAGCAGCCCAAGUGAUAUUGAACACAUUAAUGUUUCUAUGCCUUUUAUGAUAUACAAACAGAUUCAGUGUUUCAUUUGAUUUAUGGUGCAUGAAUUUCUGUUCUGAAACUGAGUGCCAUAUAUCCUGUGAGAUAUGUGUUUUACAUUCUUAACAGGAUUGUUUGCAAAGUCCUUAUAUUAUUAUUAUUUUUCUACUCAUCCUCAAAAUGAAAGACAAAUACUAUGAAUUGUUAGAAUUUAUUCUUAAAUAUUGUGUGUUAUCAUAUCUGUAUAGUUCGGGUAUUAAUGUACACUUUCUUUAUCAUGUAAAGGAUCAAAUCAUUUUAGAUGUACUAUCUUCAGCCAAGCAACGUAUAUGUAGUCUUUGAUUAAAUGCAUGGUUUUGCUGGGCAUGUCAUGUGCGUUGUGUAUCAGGGAACUUGCAACUUAUCAUCUCAGUAUUAAAAAGGAAAAAUUCGCUUUUUCUGUUUAAAUGUUGGCGUUUACGAGUGUCCAAACGAACUUCAGCUAGACAUUGCACUGAAUGUUGUUUGAUAUUUUUUUCUAUGUUCUGUAUGUUUACAUCCAUUUCACAGUGUUUCAGCACUACAGUUGUUUGUUACUUGUGUUGAAUUUAAAAAAAUAGUUAAAAAAGGGAACUUAGAUGUAUCAUGCUAGUGUUUUUAACUGAUGAAAAUGUUGGAAAAGGUGAAGUGUGUAAUUUCUGCUAGCAUUGCCAAACUGAUUUAAUUGAUUUCUUUCAAAGAAAAACAAAUCCCGCCCCUAUCUUACACCAUUGGUUGAGCCAGCAUUGAUGUCUUUUGGUUGGUUGGGAUCUUAAAACAAGAACAAUUUUAGAUCAAACCUUAAGAGAUAAUCAAUCUGUGAAUGACUUUUAUUUUGUUUCUGAAUAUUAAUCUGGGGUCAAAUAAGUAUUUUGUUGUUUAGAAAUUACACGCAUCACCUUUAAUUGAUACGGUAUUUAACACUACACAAAUCCUGCCAAAAGAACCUUGUCUUCCACAAUCCAUAGAGGCCAAAGGUAUUCGCACAUCCUUAAUGAAAUGUACUGCCUUAAUAUAAAGAUCAUAUUAACAAAGUAAA